CAUCACGGUCAUGAGCUGCUUCUACAACGCUGAGUGAAAGAGAUGAGGAAAAACCACCGUAUGCAGUGGCUUCGCUGGUGCGGAUAAAUAGAGGCAUGGUGCAUAAGAAUCAUGCCUUUUUUUAAUGCUGAGGCCAACUGAACCCGAGCUGCUGCAGUCUUUUGCUACAGAGUCGUCUCCGCGCAGCAUUGCUUUUGUCUUCGAGGCAACUGUUUAAUGGCAGUAAAUCAGAUUACUAGUUGAAGCUGAAGUUUUCUGCUACACUCCUUUUUACUCGGAAACAAAAGAAUGAGGUCUUUUCUCCUCACGUUCUGUUGCUUCUCAGUUGUGCGUCUGGACGCCUCAGAGGUCCUGGAGGCGAGCGGCCAUGUUGGAGGAAACCUCUCCAUCCACUGUUUUGCCAGCUGGUCUCCGGUCAACAUUUCAGAGCUCUACAGUGUGCAUUUCUGCAGAGGCGUCUGCACAGGGGGAAACGCCGUCAUUCAGAUGGAGACGACGAGCGCCGCCGUGACGCUGGAUGGGAGAUUUAGCCUGGAGUUGGAUGGAGGAGAGGGCGUCUUUACUGUGACAAUAAACCGGCUGAAGAAAGCCGAUGCUGGCGGCUACCUGUGUGAAAUGAGGAGAGCCUUUAAUGUCACGCACCAGGAAGUUAGUCUGAAAGUGGUCGAUGUGUCCACUGUUCCAGCGCCGACCCCUCCAUCCCUUACCACCCCCCCGCAGAUGGGGCUACACACUCCCAGAGGCAAAGUUUCAUCAAGCACUGAAGCAUCCAACGUAAUAAUCAUGCUGCCACCUUCAGAGAGGAAGAGAAGACAGAAACAAACAAACAACCUCACAGACACAAUGGUGGUGAUAAUCAUCUCUGGAAGCCUGGCCUUUCUGGUUUGUGCCAUUAUCCCUCUUAUAUUCUACAGACACUGGCGGAUUACGGCAGGUCAGAGCAGAAUGGGAGCAAACAAAAAUAAGGAAGACGUCUUUCAGGAAAACGUCGAUACUGCUUCCACUCAUGUUGCCGUGGGGGUUCAGACUUCAGAAGGAGAGGAUAAUCCAGAAUCCGGUGCAGAAGACCACCUCCAGUACGCUGAGGUCUACGAGGGGCUGGAUCCCAAAACCCUGGAAUGAGCAAAAAUUGUUUUGUCUCUGUGCACCUUUGCCAUGGUCAAAGCUCCUCGUCUCUAUUUUCAAAUAAUAUUCAUCUCUUGGAAUAUUUCUGUCUUCCAUGUGUUGUUGUAGACUUUGCAGUGAUAGCUGAGCCACAACAAUGCUGAGAUCUACACAAAGAAGCAUGUUGCACACUAUGAACGUUGAUUCAAGAAAGGUUACCAAAAGGAGCCACAGAGGACACCACAUGUGUCAUGUCUGCUUUAAAAUAUGAUCAUAUAUGAAUUAAAUUUAAUGGUAGAACCACAUAAUUCAAACUAUUAAAAAUAAACGUAGCUAGUUAGACGCUUUGACCACCAUAUUUGCUUUCAUCACAUUCACUAGGU